CAUCAGCUUUGCAAAGACAACGAAGAAAAUGAGGAAAGACAAAGUUUUGGUGCAAUCACUCUCUGCAUUUGGAAGAAUGGGAUCUGUUACAACUAUAUAUAUUGUGUCAUCAAACUGGAAUUUUAACUUCGAAUCAGAUGUCGGUGGUUGAUGUCUGGGCUGGAGGAAUAAGAAUGCAAGAUAUGGAUACUGUUUCACAGUUGCCCACGCUUCUUAAAGAACUAAUCAUAGAAGGCAUUGCCCAAAACACAAAUGGCAGUGUUGUUUUUGAAACGGGAGUCACUGAACCAGAGGUUUAUGGAUCACCAACAGAACAAGCCAUUCUUAACUUGGGGAAUAAGUUGGGAAUGAAAUUUGAUGAUGCUGCUAGGUCAGCAUCAUUAGCCCGUCAUACUAUACCAUUCAACCCAACAAAGAAAUAUGGAGGCGUGGCACUACAGCUGGGUACACACGCUCAUGUUCAUUGGAAAGGAUCUGCAAAAACUAUUCUGAGUUCAUGCGAAGGGUAUAUGGAUGGGGCCAACAACUCCAGAGCCAUUGAUGAACAGAAACGAAAGUCCAUUCUCUCUUUAGUUUUUUGAGGAACAAUAGAAAAUAUGUGUAAGGAAGGACUGCGUUGUGCAGCACUUGCUUAUCAACCCUGUGAACUGGGAAGAAUUUCAACCAUUAAGGAACCUCGAAACCUUGUUUUGUUGGCUAUUAUUGGUAUAAAGGAUCCUUGCCGGCCAGGCACAAGGGAUGCCAUCCAAUUGUGCAAUUCCGCAAGUGUUAAGGUUUGCAUGGUGACGGCGGAUGACGUUUUGACGGCACAAGCAAUAGCAAUUGAAUGUGGGAUACUGACGGAUGCAUGCCGUAAUAUAUGGACAGGAGCCCAAUUUCGUGAACUUUCCGAUCUAGAAAAAGAGCAGAUCGCCGGAGACAUCUUAGUUCUUGCUCAAUCUUCUCCCAGCGAAAACCUUCUGCUUGUCCAAGCACUGAAGAAAAGAGGGCAUAUCGUUGCAGCCACUGGGAUGGGAAUACAUGAUCCAAAUACACUACGCGAGGCUGAUGUUAGCCUUGCAAUGGGAGUUGGAGGGACCGCAGCAGCAAAAGAGAAUUCCGAUAUCAUUAUACUAGAUGAUAAUUUUGCUACGAUUGUCAAGUGUAUCAUAUGGUCUCGAUCUCUAUACACCAAUGUACAGAGAUCUAUCCUAUUCCGGCUGACUGUCAGUGUAUCAGCAUUGGCUAUCUGUGUGGUUGAGGUUGUAAUAUAUGAUGCCUUUCCACUUAACGCCAUGCAGCUAUUAUUGCUUAAUCUUAUUAUCGACAUCUUAGGAGCAUUAGCGCUGGCAUACAGACCAAGAGCUGAUGACCACCUAAUGCGAAAGCCACCGGUUGGUAUAAGACCCUCUUAUAACAAGACGAUGUGGUCCAAGUUGAUAAUUCAGGUAUUUUACAUUGUGUUGUCGCUGGUAAUCAUAAAUUCUGAGAAGCUACUGAAGCUGAAGCAUGGUCAUACGGGCAAUGCCGAAAAAGUGCUGAACACAUUCAUAUUCAAUUCCUUUGUCUUCUGCCUGGUUUGUAAUGAGUUUGAAAUCCAAAGUGUAGACCAAACCUUCAAAGAAAUCCUUAGAGAGAAUAUGUUUCUCGUCACAAUAACCUCAACUAUCAUAUCUCAAAUAAUCGUGAUCGAGUUUGCCAGCAUUUUCAUUUCUUCCGUCAGGCUAGACUUGAAAAAAUGGGUGACGACAAGUCUUUUGGGAUUGCUCAGCCAAGUCGCCACUCGCUUCCCUUACCCAACCAACCAAUAUUACCCGUAACUGAGAUUUGUCUUGCCAUAUAGGCACAAGUACCGUCAACUUUUGAAGCAUCCCUCUAGCUUUGGACGCUUCAGAGGAUGUUUUUCUCUGUGUGGCUGUGCGUGAGAGAUUAAAUAAUGGGUAUAUAUAAUAUCACAAUACAGUUAAUUCUGUCAAUUCAUUUCCUCUCCAAGCUAUGUAGAGUUGAAAUGCGUGAGAGUCAAACAUUUAAGUUCUGUAUUCAUUUCCCUUUCAAGCUAUGUAGACUGAAAUGGGUGAGAGUCAUAUAGUAAGUUGU